CUACGCUGUAUUGCGCCUAUCUACGGUGCGGUAAUACGGCUGGUAAGAUACAUACAAUGUGUGACGAAGUAAUUUCGUAUGGACUUGUAUACAGUACAUUACAGUACACUAACAGCGCCAUCAUCUCCCCCACCUUCGACUUGCUGCCUGGUCGUUAUCCUUUCCCCACGCCUUGAAGCGCCUCAGCCUCGCCGAGCUUCUCGGGUUAACAGCCGCGUCAACUCCGCAUCACCAUUAACACUUUAAGAAGCUGCAAAGAUGGCCAACUCUUUGCUGGCUUUUUUCACGUUGAUGGACAAUCAAGGCGGGGUGGUGGUAAAAGAUGCGCCAAAGUUCGACCUCGACCUUUAUAUCCAGAAUUACAAGGGCCGCACCCGGUUCGAUCGCCUGUUUCUUAUCGGUCGCAGUUCAGUGCCGUUAUGUGUCGAUGCCUUGAAAGCCGCCAUCGCGGAAGCUAAGCGGGGCCGUGACACGCAAAGGUACAAGGAAGCUGUUGAAUGCCUACGAAUUGCGGCACCUUCGGAGCCGGAGGCCAACCUUGACAUGGCAUGGCUCGACAACCAAGAGAGAGUCAAUCAGAUCGAGACAAACCGCUUGUUGACCGAGUUGAAGGGCUACAAGAACAACUUGAUCAAGGAGAGCAUCAGGAUGGGCAAUGAAGAUCUUGGCAAGCACUAUGAGAGUAUUGGCGACCUCAACGCCGCUGCCGAGGCAUACUCCAAAAUGAGGCCAGAUGCAAGCACUGUCAAACAAUUCAUCGACGUGGGCAAACAUCUAGUCCGUGUUUCGGUGCAACGGCGCGAAUGGGGUAUGGUCGGUGCCCACCUCAGCAAGAUGGGAGGCGCUCAAAGUGCAGAGGAUGAGAAGGCACUGCAACCAUACGUCAAAAUCGCUCAAGGUAUUGCGCUCAUCGGACAGGAGAAGUACCUGGCUGCGGCACACAGCUUCUUGGCGGCCGAGCCCACUGCCCCCAGCUCGACAUACAGUGACCUUGCCAGUCCGAACGAUGUUGCCAUCUACGGGGGCCUCCUCGCCCUGGCAUUCAUGGACCGCACCGAUCUCCAAAGCCAAGUGCUCGACAACCCCAGAUUCCGAAGCUUCCUAGAACUGGAACCACAUAUCAGGCGCGCUAUCGCACAGUUUGUUAGUGGCAGAUACUCUGCGUGCAUCGCCAUCCUCGAGUCGUAUCGGGCAGAUUAUCUUCUCGAUAUCUACCUGCAGAAGCACAUUCCCCAUAUCUACGCCCAGAUCCGGAGCAAAUGCAUUGUCCAAUACCUAGUCCCGUUCUCGUGCGUCAGCUUAGAGACGAUGACCAAAGCCUUCGGUAUCCCGGACCAGCCCAUCGAGGACGAGCUGGCCGAGAUGAUCCAGUCAGGCGCCCUUCAAGCCCGCAUUAACACCAUUGACAAGGUGAUUCCAUGUCUGACCCCGAGAAAUAGUCGUCCGCCACUAACUUUUCUCAAGUACGUCACCACCAAAGCCACUAACUCAAGAGUACAAAUGCAAGAGUCAGCGCUCCAAGCGGCCGAAAACUAUGAGAGGCAGGCGCUGGAUCGGCUUCGGAGAAUUGGCCUCGCAGCAGCCGAUCUUGAGCUCAAAGGCCCUAAGAAGAUGGGGGGACAUGGUUUUGCCAACCAGCCCGAAUACUUGAUGGAGGAGACACUGGGGUGAUUACCGAAUGGCAGGUUGAUGGUAUUCUGGUGGGUCUGCUUACAGCUGCAUUGCAUAGCGGAAAGGACAGAACGGGCUCGGCGUAUGGAUGCGGUUCGAGCGGUAUGGAUGGGAAGAGUGGCUCGGUGGCAAAGAAGGUAAAGGCGUACCGGGGCAGAGCACGGCUUUGUUGUGAAAACAUCCGAGAAC